CUCCGACCAUUUUCGCUCGAGUUCGGCUUUCCUUCUUCGCUCGAGUACUGGUUCCUUGGGGUUCUGCUUCGGGUCGUAUCCAUCGAUGGCGGCGGAAGUCAACGUCAUGUAUAUUGAGCCGCAAUGCAAGCCUAGCAUCCAAUCUAGGUUUUCCACGCUCAGAUACAUGAAAAUAGUGAAGAAAUUCAAUCCAAUCCAGAAGUCAUUCAUAUUGAAGCAUGGCCUUUAUAAUCUUCUGAACCUCCCUGAUCACCUUAUGGUUCCUAUGAAUCUCCUUCAGUGGCUUGCUGGCCACACUUCACAUGGUGAAGCAAAGUUUCUGCAGCACAAGGAAAAGAUCAUCCACUUCACCAAGGAUAUGGUUGACAAGGUCUUUGGUUUUGCUUCUGGAGUUAAGCCAUUUGUAAUGGAGAGUAGCGAUCCUGUAAUCAUCAGAGAAGUUGAAGUGUUAAUUGACCAGUACCUACUAGGGAAGAAGCAGAUAUCUGUGUCGAAUGUAGAAUCUGUACUGCUUGGUUCUAAUGAGGAGGUUGUUUUUAUCAGGAGCUUCUUACUGUUAUUCAUCACAACAGUUCUUUGCCCUUCUACCUACAAUUUUGUCAACCCGAAAUAUUUGUACUCCCUAAGGGACAGUGACAAUGUUGAAGUUGGCAAUCUUGACCUGGGAACCUUGUGCCUCAACCACCUGUGGAAUGAGCUUGAUGCUUGGAAAGCUAAGGUUUUUAAAGAUGGAAGCGAUUCAACAGGAUGCUUUGGAUUGGUGGUUGCUUACCUUUGUUGGCAGUACGUGUUCCAUUUCCUGUAUUUUCCUUUGUAA